GUCUGUCUGGUUGAAACCCUAGUAGGACACCAGGCGAGCGGCGGCGGCGGCGGCGUGGUUAGCCAUGUCUUCUCUUCUCAGCCCACCAAAGCCAGAAAUCGAGUUCAAAGAGGCGGAGGGGAAGGAGGAAAGAAGAUGGAAAGCGAGUCCGCUAUGGGGACGGAGGGGGAAUCCGGCAAGGAGCAGGAUUUGCUGUUGGAUCCGGGGAGGAAACUCGGGAAGAUGGAAAUCGAGUUAGGGAAGUGGACGGAGCAGGCUUCCGGCAAGGAGCAGGAGACGGUGCGGGAUCUGAAGAAGAGGCACAGGAAACUCAGUAAGAAUCGUAGGUACCUCUUGCAAGAUAUCGUCUCAGGGAAGUUUAAGGAAUUGUAUUCCGAUUCCGGCCGCAACAGGGUAAUGGGGAUUUUCAGGGAAGCCGAGGAGCUGGACAAGGAGUUGAUGAUUAUUAAGGAGAAGGAGAAGGAGAAGCAGGAGACGGUGGUGGAUUCCGGCGAGGAGGAGAUGGGCAGGGAUUCGGCGCGGCACCAGUCCCUGAUGGAGGGGCAACUCAGGAAGGAGCAGGAGAGACUCAGGAAGGUUCGGUACCAACUCAAGAAGAAGAUGAGGAGCGAGUCCGACAAGGACCCGGCGAUGCAGAGGAUGCUCUUGAGUCAGCAGCAGAUACUCUGGACCAAGGAGCAAGCACUCUUGACGGUGAUGAGGCAGUCCGGGAUGGGGAUGGGGAUGGGGAUGGAGAUGGAGAUGGAGAUGGAGAUGGAUUCUGAUUCUGAUUCUGAUUCUGGCUCUGGCUCCGGCUCCGGUUCCGGCCAUGAGAUGGACGAGAGGGAUUCCAGCAAGGAGCCGGUGAGGGAUGCCGGCGGCAAAGAGGGGCAGAUGGCCAAUGACUUGGUUGGUGUUCUUUCCGGCCACCUUGGGAUGCUUAAGAGGGAGAUCUCGUUCCUGAGGACAGAGGUCAAGUCCCGGGGAUUGGCUGGAAACAGGGCUUGUCAAGAGCAGAUCAUGUCUAACCUAAGGCCCCUCGAUGAAAAUCUUCUCAAGAAGGUGAAUUUGCCUUACCUAGGUUCCAACACUGAGGAGGUGAUGGAUUUUCUGCUGGUCGAGACGCAGCAGUUGCUCUACCGCUUCAACUCUCUCGCAUCCAUUCUACAAAAACUCAGAAUCCCCAUAUCUUCCGACAAGAUUGAUAAGCUGCGUCUCAUAUCCAAUGCACUUGUGGGCAUCUCGGAGCUUAUCAAGAGGCACAAAUCUGUUGCUGCUGACAAGCAAGAUGGUGAAGAUCGUUUGGACUGUGCCGGCUGGGAGGCUACAUGGGGAAGCUCGACAGGAAGACAUGGUUGCUUUGACGACAUAACAACAUUGAGUCCUAUGCAGUUUACGGCUUCCACACCUGGAAGCUUCCCAUCAUCGUCCGUGGCUGGUCCCGCCUUGGAGAUCUACUCAAUCAAGCUCAUUAAUCUGAAUCCUAAUCUGAGUUGGCCCAUUGAUGUCUAUGGUGUGGUCGCUGCACGGGAUGAUUUUGACCACAACCGCAACAUUCUCUUCUGCCGGUCAAGUGCAGACUGCCAAAGAAUUAACCAAGAGGACCCUUUUUUGCACUUGAUUGGCCCGUCUCGUGCAAUUGUAGCUGAAGAACCUGUGAUGUUUCAAAUUGAACUGAAAUUGAAGUAUGGAGCAAAUUUCAAAGAUACAGCAUCGUUCACUUCCAACCAAAGUUAUCGCUCCAUCAUGCCAUAUGAUACCAUGCAGAUCUAUAACCGCUGUUGUACAGCAGAGAUAAGCCUCGGGCGAGUUGCUCCAGCAAUCCAGGCCACAAUUGUAGGUGUUUGUGUGACUAAAGGGGAGUGGCCUUUUAAGUAUGGAUGUAAAGUUUCUUGCUUCUUUUCUCCUGCUGAUGCAACGGAGGGAUGCGAGGCAGAAGUCGUUUUGCUUGACCGCCGUGCUAAAAGGAUGCGUGCGGGAUCAGAUGGGUAUCUUUCUUUGUCAAGAAAUGUCGUGUCAGUGGGAUUGCAGGGCACACUCCGAGUCGUCACAGAAGCAUACUCAGAGUCCGGACUCAAUAUUGUUCGAAAAUAUCACGCUGAAUUUCCUAUCCAGCAGAGUCAGAUAGAUAGUCGUGAGUGCUCAGUUGACGGCUCCACAUUGAAGAUAGUUGUUGCUUGGUCUCGCCUUGUCAUUGACAAGGAUGAUCUUGUACUCGAUGGUUAUUGAAGGAGGAACUGAGGAUGCACAAAGGAACAAUGGAGCUGGUGGUGCUGUGUGUUAAUUCCUUAGUUUAGAAUGGAGCUGGUGGUGGCAUGAAGACGUGGUUCCUUAGUUUAGAAUGUUGAAUCGUGAUGAUGUCUAGUUUGAAAGACGAGAAUUAUCAUAUGGUAGUACUGCUGAUGACUAAAAAACUAUGCAUGUUGAGGACUUUGUCCAUGGUUUGAUUCUGUGGGUUGAGAGCUACUGUAAUUUGGUUGGCUUCCUCGACAUUAUGCCUGUGAA